GCACUGUUUCUGCUGCCCCCGUUUGCCUAAUUGGCCCAGGCGCUCCACCAGAGCAAAGCCGCCCUAGAACUCCUCGCUGGCCGCCCCCGCGGCUCGCAGCUCGGUAGAGGCGGGAAAGCAGCGCGCCUGCGCCGUGGGAACCGGGGCCGGAGGCGAAAAGCGGGGAGCGGAGGGGGGCCGUUGGAGCCGAGUAGCGUACAGAGCGGCGUGUGACGCGGGGACGCCGCGCGCUCCCAACGUCGCCCCGGUUUGACGCACACGGCACCAAACUGUCUGAUUCCCUGGCCUUUGUGUCCCUGGGAGCUUAAUCUCUGCCAGAGGAAAGCAGGUGUGCUCCACUUCUCCCGUGAACCUGAAGAUGAGUUGUCCCAGACCCUUCUCAGUGAUUGGAAACUUAGGUGGUGGAGCUAAAGGUUUCUUGUUACGAGACUUCCACAGACGACUCUCGUGUUGGGAUCCAUCCAUGGUUUAGCAGCAUUAGUGGAAAACUUUCCUUGAACUGCCUAAGUAAUAUUGACAUAAAUUUAGUUGUUAUAAAACUUUCAUGUCUAGACUUCAAAUUUUGUGUGGUCAUUGAGAAGUACUCCACAAGGGGGUAAACACAAUGGGGGCCUAAAUGAUGGUCCUGUUUUGUAUACAAGUCAAUAAUUACAACAGGAAUACCAAAACACCAUCAUCUCUUCUGGCCAGUUCUGACUAAUGCCAGGCUUGUUGCAUCUGGAUGAUAGAUUAGAUUUGCCUUAAUAGUAUAUUGCCUCUCUGCAGUAGUUUAGUUACAUUUCUUUGGUCCAAGAAGAAGGAAAGCAUUUCAAAAAAUAGACCACUCAAGUUACUCAAAGGAAACCUGCUGUUUGCCUUCAGUGUCAUGUAUGCCAUUAAGAACAUUCAUAAUUCAUGAGAAGCGGUCAUAAUAACAACAUGGACAGCAAUUUGGAAGAAGCUGAAUUCAACCCUCAUGGAUGACUUGGAGAGAGGUUCAUGACUUCAGUGGAGGAAGUAACUUCAGGUGUGGUGGAAAUAGCAAGACAACUAGAAGUGGAGCCUGAAGGUGUGACUGAAUGGCUGCAAUCUCAUGAUAAAGCUUGAACAGGUGAAGAGUUGCUUCAUAGGGAUGAGCAAAGAAAGUGCUUUUUAAAGAUGCACUCCAGUCCUGGUGAAGAUGCUGUGCAGAUUGUUGAAAUGACAACAAAGGAUUUACAUAUUAUAUAAACUUGAUAAAGCAACAGCAGGGUUUGAGAGGACUGGCUCCAAUUUUCAAAGAAAUUUUACUGUGGCUAAAUUGUUCUCAAACAGCAUCACUUGCUACAGAGAAAUAGUUCAUGAAAGGAAGACUCAUUUGAUGUGGCAAACUUGUCUUAUUUUAAGAAAUUGCCGCAGCCACCCAACCUUCAGUAGCCACCACCCUAAUCAGUCAGCAUCUAUCAACUCUGAGGCAAGACCAGCAAAAAGAUUAUGACUCAUUGAUAACUCAGAAAAUGGUUUGAGUUAAUUUCGAAUGAGAUUGUUUUUGCAACGAGAUGUUAAUAAGACAAAAUCUAGACUAAAUGUGUUAAAUGGGCUUGCCAACAAUAUGGAUGAUUUGAAGAUAAACACCGAUAUUACUGGUGCUAAAGAAGAACUCCUAGAUAACAACGGUUUUAUCUCAGACAAAGAGAGUGGAGUUCAUAAACCAAAAGAUUGUCAGACAUCAUUUCAGAAAAAUAAUACACUCACUCUGCCUGAAGAACUGUUAAAGGACAAAUCUGAAAAAGCCUUAAGUGGAGGCCAGUCUACUCUAUUUAUACAUGCUGGUGCUCCUACUGUUUCUAGUGAAAACUUUAUCUUGCCUAAAGGAGCUGCUGUUAAUGGACCAGUUUCACACUCCUCCUUAGCUAAGACUUCCAGUAUGAAUAAAGGCAGUGUUUCAUUAACCACUGGACAACCUGUGGAUCAGCCAACAACAGAAUCUUGUUCAACUUUGAAGGUGGCACCUGAUCUUCAGCUAUCUACACCACAGAAAGCAAAUCAACACCAAGUUUUAUUUUUGUUAUCAGAUGUAGCACAUGCUAAGAAUCCAACCCAUUCCAUUAAAAAACUACCUACCUCUGCUUCCGUUGGUUGUGACAUUCAGAAUUCAGUAGGGAGUAGUAUAAAGUCAGAUAGCACUUUAAUAAACCAAGUAGAGGUGGGUGAGGAUAGUGAUGAUUUAUUGGUAAAAGAUGAUUGUGUCGAUACAUUAACAGGAAUCUCCUCAGGUACAGAUGAAUUUAGGUCAGAAAAUGAGACAAACUGGGAUCCCCAAAAAGAGUUCAUUCAGUUUCUUAUGACUAAUGAAGACACAGCGGAUAAAGCUCCAGUUCACUCCAAAGUAGGUCUAGAAAAAAAGAGAAAGCGGAAAAUGGAUGUAAGCAAGAUAACUCGUUACACUGAAGAUUGCUUUAGUGAUUCAAAUUGUGUACCCAAUAAGUCAAAAAUGCUAGAAGUAGACUUUCUAGAACAGAAUGAAGAACUACAAGCAAUAGACUCACAGAAAUAUGCAUUAUCAAAAGUGAAGCCUGAAUCAACUGAUGAAGACUUGGAAUCUGUGGAUGCUUUUCAGCAUCUAAUUUAUAACCCAGAUAAGUGUGGCGAAGACAGUUCACCCGUUCAUACUAGCACUUUUCUUUCUAAUACCUUAAAAAAGAAAUGUGAAGAAAGUGAUUCCGAGUCACCUGCUACUUUCAGCACCGAAGAGCCAUCAUUUUACCCCUGUACAAAGUGCAAUGUGAAUUUUAGGGAGAAGAAGCACCUCCACAGGCAUAUGAUGUAUCAUUUAGAUGGGAAUAGCCACUUUCGUCAUCUUAAUGUCCCAAGGCCAUAUGCUUGUAGAGAAUGUGGACGGACAUUUCGAGAUCGUAACUCACUUCUAAAGCAUAUGAUUAUUCACCAAGAAAGAAGACAGAAGUUGAUGGAGGAAAUUCGCGAAUUGAAAGAACUUCAGGAUGAAGGAAGAAGUGCACGAUUACAGUGCCCUCAGUGUGUGUUUGGUACCAAUUGCCCUAAAACAUUUGUGCAGCAUGCUAAAACCCAUGAAAAAGAUAAAAGGUACUACUGCUGUGAAGAGUGUAACUUCAUGGCAGUGACAGAAAAUGAAUUAGAAUGCCAUCGAGGCAUUGCCCAUGGAGCGGUGGUAAAAUGCCCUAUUGUCAGUUCUGAUAUAGCCCAGAGAAAAACGCAAAAAAAGACUUUCAUGAAAGACUCUGUUAUAGGAUCAUCCAAAAAAUCAGCUACCUACAUAUGUAAGAUGUGUCCUUUUACGACUUCAGCCAGAAGUAUUUUAAAAAAACACAUGGAGUACUUGCAUUCAUCAUCAUGUGUUGAUUCAUAUGGUAGUCCACUUGGACUUGAUAAAAGAAAAAGUGACAUUCUUGAAGAACCUAUAGAUAUUGAUAGCACUAAACCUUUAAUUAAACAACAGUCAACCACAUUUCCAAAGAACUCUGCUUUAAAACAAGAUGUAAAGCGAACAUUUGGAUCAUCCUCACAAUCAGGUAAUUUUUCCAAAUUCCAUAAGCGGCCACACAGAGUACAGAAAGCUCGGAAAAGCAUUGCCCAGUCAGGUGUAAAUGUGUGCAAUCAAAACAAUUCUCACAAGACUGUUAUGAUUAAAAGCAGCACUGACCAAAAACCUAAGUAUUUCCAUCAAGCAGCAAAAGAAAAAUCUAAUGCCAAGGCGAAUAGCAACUAUUUAUAUAGACACAAAUAUGAAAACUACAGAAUGAUCAAAAAAUCAGGUGAAUCAUAUCCUCUACAUUUCAAAAAAGAAGAAGCCAGUUCACUAAACUCUUUACAUCUGUUCUCAUCAUCAAGUAAUUCUCACAACAAUAGUUUUAUUUCAGACCCUCAAAACUCUGACACGAAAAGGCCAGAAAGCUUCAGAGAACACAGGCGUGUAGCUGUAAAGAGAGUAGUUAAGGAAUCCAAGAAGGAAAGUUCUGUUGGAGGAGAAGACUUGGAUAGCUAUCCAGAUUUCUUGCAUAAAAUGACUGUUGUUGUUUUGCAAAAACUUAAUUCUGCUGAAAAGAAAGAUAGCUAUGAAACAGAAGAUGAAAGUUCCUGGGAUAAUGUUGAGCUAGGUGACUACACUACACAGGCCAUAGAAGAUGAAACCUAUAAUGAUAUUAAUCAAGAACAUGUAAACUUAUUCCCGCUUUUUAAAAGCAAGGUAGAAGGUCAAGAGCCUGGAGAAAAUGCUACCCUUAGUUAUGACCAGAAUGAUGGCUUUUAUUUUGAAUAUUAUGAAGAUGCUGGAACUAAUAACUUUUUGCAUGAGAUACAUGAUCCUCAGCAUUUAGAAAAUGCAGAAACUUCAUUGUCAAAGCAUAGUUCUGUUUUUCACUGGACUGAUCUGUCUCUUGAGAAGAAAUCAUGUCCUUACUGCCCAGCAACAUUUGAAACAGGUGUUGGGUUAUCAAAUCAUGUUCGAGGACAUCUUCACAGAGCUGGAUUAAGCUAUGAAGCCCGUCAUGUUGUAUCACCGGAACAAAUAGCCACAAGCGACAAAAUGCAACAUUUCAAAAGAACUGGCACAGGGACACCUGUUAAGCGAGUUAGAAAAGCUAUAGAGAAGUCUGAAACCACUUCUGAACACACUUGUCAGCUCUGUGGUGGUUGGUUUGAUACUAAAAUUGGAUUAUCGAAUCAUGUUAGAGGCCAUUUGAAAAGACUUGGAAAGACCAAAUGGGAUGCUCAUAAAUCUCCAAUCUGUGUUUUGAAUGAAAUGAUGCAAAAUGAAGAAAAAUAUGAAAAAAUCUUAAAAGCAUUGAACAGUCGUCGUAUUAUUCCCAGACCAUUUGUAGCUCAAAAACUUGCAUCAAGUGAUGACUUUCUAUCUCAAAAUGUUAUACCUCUUGAAGCAUACCGUAAUGGCCUAAAGACUGAAGCUUUAUCAGUGUCUGCAUCAGAAGAGGAAGGGCUGAGUUUCUUAAAUGAAUAUGAUGAAACAAAACCAGAACUGCCCAGUGGAAAAAAGAAUCAGUCUCUUACACUGAUAGAACUGCUUAAAAAUAAAAGGAUGGGAGAAGAAAGGAAUUCUGCUAUUUCUCCUCAAAAAAUUCAUAAUCAAACUGCAAGAAAGAGAUUUGUUCAGAAGUGUGUUCUUCCAUUAAGUGAAGACAGUCCGUUGAUGUAUCAGCCACAAAGAAUGGACUUGACUAUGCACUCAGGUAUGCCUGUGAAGCUUAGAACAUGUGUGCAUUGCAAUACGACGUUUACAAGUGCUGUUAGCCUGUCCAACCACUUACGCGCUUAUGCACGAAAGAAGAGUGCUGGACUUUUGACUGGUACAGCCUUAGAUUGUAAGCAAAAGAAAUCAAGGUCAAGAUCUGGAAGUAAGAAGAAAAUGCUAACGUUACCUCAUGGUGCUGACGAGGUUUACAUUCUCCGAUGCAGGUUUUGUGGCCUAGUCUUUCGUGGACCAUUGUCUGUUCAGGAAGACUGGAUUAAGCACUUACAACGACACAUUGUAAACGCUAAUCUUCCACGGACUGGAGCUGGCAUGGUGGAAGUCACGUCACUACUUAAAAAGCCUGCCUCCAUUACAGAAACUUCAUUUUCUCUACUAAUGGCAGAAGCAGCUUCAUAGAACAAGGAAACCUUUUAAAUAGCAAAUUUAAAUUGGAUGUACAUUUGAAAUUCUUUGUCUUUUUUUUUAAAGCCACGUUAAAUUAUCCGUUUAUAAAUACUAAAGCAGGAAUAUGGGGAAAAGUGAAUUACAGUGACAUCAGAGCAAACUGAGUACUUCAAACAGUAAGUAGUCUAUAUAUUUUAUAUAGGACGGAAGCUGUGUUUUUAAGGUUUACUAAGUUUUGUCAGUUAAUGGUGUUCACUCGAUGAAAGAUCAGUACGUGUAAGCAGUCAUUAAUAAACUGUUGCACAUGAAUAACUUAAAGACAGACUUACUGGAAAAUUACAUUUUCUGCAGUGUUACCAGAAUCAAAGUUCUGUUUAUUCCCCACAAGACUUGCAUUGAAAAAUAAGAUAUUAUAUUUUGUUUGUAUGUAUUUAGUGUUUUGUAUAAUACCAGGAACCGCUAAACUAAAUUUACUCAACUUAGGGCAUUAAAUAUCAUGUACUUCAUAGUUUGAGACUGUUCACUCAAAUAGGGCAGAGUACUAUUCUAUCUAGAUGUGUAAGUGUUUUUUUAAAAUCACAUGGAACGGUUUUUUUUAUACUAAAAAGUGGAGGGAGAUUUGUUUAAACAAGUAUUUCUAAAAGAAAUAUGUACAUAGUCCUGGAAAUUAUUUGUGGUAAGGAAAUAUUCUUUACUCCAGUUGCAUUUCUCAGACAAUAAAGUGGUGCAUCCAUGCUACCUCCUACUUUGUCAACAAAGAUGCUAUUUACCCUUUACAUUUUUUGUAUCAUAAUAGAUUUAAAAAAUCUAAUGUUCUUUAUUGCAAGACAUCCCUUUUGUUAACAGAUUUGUUUCUUUUUAAUGUUUUACUUAAAUUUUGACAUGCUUACAGGACAGGUUUGCCUCUUACUUUAUUUAACAUUGUAGAAAUGUAAUUAAUGAACAAUGCUCACUACACAAUUUAGAAUAGGCUUUCUCAUUUAUAUUCCAAAUUUGAUCAGUUAGCAAAACUUAAUACACCAAUUGAAAUAUUUCUACAUAUGAUGAGAAUGUUUACAAUUUAAAUUUUAGAACUUGUUUUGGAUGUGACUAUAUGUACGAAAAUCGUGUAACACUAUGCUCAUGCUAAGAACCGACAUAACGGAAUUACUGAAAUAAAUGUGCUGUGAGGAAUGGAAAAUAUGGUGCAGAUGUCUUGGUCAUGAUAAAUUGUGAUUCUUUUAAACUCUUUCCAAAAACAAAUUAGUUCUUUUAACCUGCAAUCAGAUUCCUUUACAAAUAACAGUUUUUGUAUGCAAGCACCAUUUCAUUUUAUUUCAUGUAGUAUGGCUAAUACUAUAGUUGAAACAAGGAUAUGCAUUGAUAAUUUUCUUCGUAUGUAAAUAAAGUUAAAAACAGUUAAAAUAAGGAGUAUUUUGGUAGAGUAUAUACAUACCUCACUGCCAGUGAAUUGCUUUCCUAUGGUAUAUCUCCUUACCAGAAAAAUCUCUAAAUAAAAAAAGACUUAAAGAAAAUUA